GCUGCGAACCAGGCGUUCAUUACUUCUCGGCCGGCAGCUGGUGACGAACGGACUCAACAACAAACAGUUUUUAUAUAUUCUUUUUGUGUUAAUUGACAAGAUGAUUUUGACUAAAGUAGACACAGAUGAUCCUGAUUAUGUUGAGAGCUGUAAAGAAGAGAUGAAGAAGGAAGCGGGAGGCAGCGACGCACUGGAGAGAGUUCUCUACCACGUGGGGGAGAUGGGCCGCUACCAGAAGCUGCUCUUCCUAUCCACGCUACCGUUCAGUCUUUUCUUCACCUUCAUCUACUUUGGGCAGAUGUUCAUCACGGCCACGCCGCAGCAGCACUGGUGUCAUGUGCCGGAAUUGGCGCACUUAGAUAUGGAGACCAGACGCAACCUAUCAGUGCCUCGGGUGGGGGAUGGGUGGGCGCAGUGUGCAGUGUACGCGGCCAACUGGAGCCAAGUGCUGCACGACAUGCAGCCCCCGGAGACCGGCACACCCACGGUGCCCUGUAAGAACGGCUGGGACUUUCUGUUGGAAGAUAUCCCAUAUCACACCGUCGUAAGCGAGCGUGGUUGGGUGUGCGAGUACUCUGGAUACGCGCCGUUCGCGCAGACCAUGUACUUCGUGGGUUCCUUUACGGGAGGUGUUAUAUUCGGCUGGGCCGCUGAUCACUACGGUCGGGUGCCAGCUUUGGUUGGUACAAAUCUAAUUGCGUGCGUGGGUGGUUUGGGGACCAUAUUCACGAAGGGACUAUGGGAUUUUGUCUUCUGUCGGUUCCUCGUGGGAAUGGCGUUUGACAACAGUUUUACGUUGUUAUAUAUAUUAGUGUUAGAGUACGUGGGUCCAAAGCAACGAACGUGGGCAGCAAACGUUCCCCUAGCGUUCUUCUUCGGUGGCAGCUGCCUGCUGAUCCCGUGGCUAGCAUACUGGAUCGCGGACUGGCGCAAGUUCCUCUGGUACACUACGCUACCGCUCUCGUCCUGUUUGCUGGUGCCUUAUCUCAUACCGGAGAGCGCUAGAUGGCUAGCAUCGCGCGGAAAAGUGAACCAAGCAGUCAAAGUGCUGAAAAAGUUCGAGAGAAUUAACCGCACAAAAGUCCCCCAAGACGUUAUGGAUGACUUUAUUGUAUCAUCAAGUCAAUCCAGACAAAGUAGCGAGUCAAUAAUCGAGGUAUUCAAGAGCGCCCCUUUGCGAAAGAUGAUGUUACUUCUAAUGGUGAUUUACAUGGCUUGCGCGAUGAUCUUCGACGGUCUGGUGCGAAUGUCCGAGGGUCUGGGAGUCGACUUCUUCUUGGCCUUCACACUAGCAUCAGCCACGCAAAUACCAUCUGUGGGAAUCGUAGCCCUCUUACUUGACAGGUUAGGAAGAAGGUACUUUACAAUGGGACCCGUCAUUAUGACUGGAAUAUUCACAAUCACUGCAGCUUUCGUGCCUAAAGGUCUGCCACAGAUGAUCCUGGCGAUCGGUUCCCGGUUUUCGAUCAAUAUGGCGUGCACAGCGGCGGUGCAGUGGAGUACCGAGCUUGUGCCGACAGGCGCGCGCGCCUCAGGGCUGUCUCUUGUGCAUGUCAGCGGAUAUGUCGCCAAUAUGCUCUCACCGUUAAUAGUGUACUCGGCACGUAUUUGGGGCCCGUUCCCACUGCUGACGUUGGGCUCGACCGCGCUGACGGUGAGCAGUAUCUGCUUCUUGCUACCGGAGACUAAAGGCCGGCCCAUGCCGCAGUCCAUCGCAGACGGAGAGAGGCUCAUGCGAUCACACACUCUGUGCGGACAAGCUGAGGAAGAAACUGAUUUGAAUGGUAAAGAAAAAACGCUCAUCACAUAAGGGCCGCGAUUGAAAUAUUUUCGUGGGUGUUUUGUUUUGUCGAAACUUUGUUGAAAUAAACAUGUAUAUAAGUGCAAUAAGAGAAAUAAGAGAAAUUAAUUACGAAAAAGUUACGUAAAAGUAUUUUUAAUGCAUAAUGUACUUAUUGGUGCGAAUGUGGUAUUAUUUUUAAUAUGAUUCUAACUUAGGAAGGGCUUAAACGG